CCCCGUGUCGCAUCCCCGUGUCGCGAGCCCCUUGUCAAAAUCACUACUCUUCAACAAUGAUGUCCACAAAGCCACCACCACCGCUACCAUCACCGUCAACGCCACCGCAGAAAUCCCUCCUUUCCCGCUCCGCCGAAGGCGCCAAAUUCCUAAUCCUAUUACAAGUCUCCUCGCGCCUCCUCACCUUCGGUGUGAACCAGCUCCUCCUACGCUACCUCUCCCCGUCGCUCCUAGGAAUCUCGGUACAACUCGAGCUCCUCACCAUCAGCAUCCUCUACUUCUCUCGGGAGUCUCUAAGGAAUGCGCUACAACGGCAGUCGGGCGGCUCGGGGAAGAGUGUACAGGCGGUGAUCAAUAUCGCGCUCUUAACGCUGCCUCUGGGCGUGCUCUUCUCUGCGCUGCUAGGCAGUGGCUACAUCCUACGUGCCGGCGAGGCCGGGAGCGUCCGCUACUGGCGCGAAAGCGUGCUGCUGUAUGUCCUCGCUACACUGCUGGAGCUCGCCGCAGAACCGGCGUUUGCGGUUGCCCAGAUGAAUCUGUGGUAUAAGCUCCGUGCGGCGGCGGAGAGUGCGGCGGCCGCGGCGAGGUGUGCUGUUACAUGUGGUGUGACAAUUUGGGGGGUGAAUACGGGGAGGGAAUUGGGCGCAUUGCCGUUUGCUAUGGGUCAAUUGGCGUAUGGAGGAGUGUUGCUGGCGGUUUACAUGCAGCGCAUGUGGAGGGAGGGGGUGACGGUGGGGUUGGAGAGGAUUGAUGAUUCUGGGAAGAAGGAGGAAAAUGACCGCGAGACCUACCACCUCCACCUCUUCUCCGCCCCCAUCUCCUCCCUAGCCGGCACGAUGUGGCUUCAAUGCGCCAUCAAGCACGUUCUGACGCAAGGCGACAGCCUGCUGAUAACGUAUCUCGCCUCACUACCCGCACAAGGCUCCUACGCGCUUGCCAGUAACUACGGCAGCCUGAUAGCACGGAUGCUAUUCCAGCCGCUCGAGGAGACCAGCCGUACCCUCUUCAGCGGACUCCUCCCGUCGAGCCCUCCUCCCACGCCUAAAAACACGACCCAGGCGCUCCACGUCCUCAAGACGAUAUCAAAACUCUACCUCCUCCUCAGCCUGUUCUUCUGUGCCCUCGGCGCCCCAUUCGCGCCAAUCCUCCUCCGCCUCGUCGCCGGCCGGCGCUGGAGCGAUUCCGCCGCAGGCGAAACCCUUACCGCAUACUGCUACUACAUACCGCUCCUGGCUAUCAACGGCGUCAGCGAAGCAUUCGUGCAAGCCGUUGCGACGCCGAGCCAGUUGCACUCGCAAUCACUCGCCAUGAUCGGGUUCUCGGUGUGCUUUGCCACCUCGGGCUACAUCUUCGUGCACACACUCGCCCUGGGCGCGGAGGGACUGGUGUGGGCGAAUGUCGCGAAUAUGCUCCUCAGAAUCACGUGGAGCUCGAGGUUUAUUGCGAGCUACUUUGGGCAGCGGGGUGUGCGCGUGGCGUGGACGGCGGUAUUGCCGGGUGCGGCGGUGGUGGCUACCGCGGUCGCCGUGGGUGCUGCGGUGAGGGGCGCGGUGGUGGAGGAGUUUGGGCUACUGAGGCAAGGGGCUUGGGCGGUGGGUGCGGGAGUGGUGCUGCUGGGCGCGGUUGUGGGUGCUGAGAGACGGUUUUUGACCGAGUGUUGGGGGACGGUUAGAGCCGGGCGGUAGUUGGCCAUGUCACAUGGCGGAACGUUUUUCCGAGGCUGGGGUAUCCCUCUGCAUGGUACUUUAGAUUAUAGAAACAGAAGAUGAUUUUU